UUUUCAGAUAUCAGCACUCAGCCUUCCCUCUGAGAAGCCAUUAGCCUUCGUUCUUUCAUUUGACUAAACAUUAAAGAUCUGCGCUCAGGUCAAAGUCCUGUAUCCACAACUACUCUGUCAGAAGGCUACAGACACGGAGACGAGCUAGAUAGGAGCGUCAGUCCUCUUGAGUUCUCCCUGCUACAGUGACAUGGAGCCUACAGCACUGCAUGUACUCUGCCUUGCCUCUGUAUUCACACUGACAACACAAGAGCUGGUGGGCUUGAGGGUGAGUCCCAAGAUCACGGCAGAGUGCGGCAAGCAGGUGACGCUGCAGUGCAACGUGUCCUCAUCUCUAAAUGGACUAUCAGUCAAACAUAUGGAGUGGUCCUACAGGAAAAUGCACUUAUGUUCUGUGAACAGUGAAGGGAACAUUUCAUACAGCAGAGAUACAGAUAAGAUCUGGGACUUCUACUGCGAGUACGAAGAAGGACAGUUGUCUCUCGUCUUUCGAACAGCACAGCCGGAUCUCCAAAAUGAAUACAGGUGCAAGCUGCAAUCCAACAAGGGUGCUCCGCAUAAAUACACCACUGUGGAGUUAGAAGAAUGUGAUGGGACUGUGAGCGGCGUUUUAACAAGUGAUGGUCCCUCUUGUACCUUCAACCAUGUCCACCCAGACAGAGAUGUGCACUGGUUUCUUGGCUCCAAGAAUCUCUCCGAUGGGUCUGCAAAUCACAAUACCACUAAAAGUGUAGAGAAGGGGGGAUGGAUCACGAUCCACAGUGACCUGGAGUGGAAAGAAGGUUCAGAUGAGCCCUUCAACUGUUCCUUGAAGAGCACCAAAUCUGGAAGAUACACUGCAAGUACAUUGAUUCAGAAGGCAGCGCUCAAAAGCCUAAAGGCCACAAAUGGUGUCAGACCGCAGGAAUCCAUGGCGGCAUUUCUGUGUGUAUCACUCUUGUUCGCUGUCAUGCUGUCAUAGCAGUGAGGUACUGACAUUCAGGACAAAGAGCUCUCAGUAAAGUCAAUCAUCUUGCAUGGUCCAUAGAUGCAGUACUCUUCCUUUUAAUCCCCGGCAGAGUGUUGAGAGGUGAUAACAAGGGAGUCGAUAAGCAUUACACUGUAAACAAGGAAAGAGACUUUGUUUUAUUACGAUGGAGUCAAAGAUGAGGAAACGGGACAUAACACAUUCAUUAACAAUACCCACACACAGUCUGGUUUCCAGGACUACAAAAGGAUAUUACAUUGACUUACAUUCAUUUAUUGGAGACUUACUCAAACCUUAACCAGAACUUUCAGCUAGCAGUGUCUUCAGCUAUAAAUCUUCUAUCCAUAGAUUAUUUUAAGCAAUUUUAAGGAAAUCUGAAAAACAAAUAUCAGAUGACAAGCGAGUCCACCAUGUGUCUACGGCACAGUUUCGUGUGUGAAUCUGGAUUUAGACCUUCAUGUUCAUGCAACAACUCUUGGGUUUUUGGGAAGAUGCUGCCCUCUAGUGAGCAAGUUGUGAUGAGCAAUAUGUGCAGCUGGGUGUAAAUGUGCAAAUACUGUAUAUCUGUUUCAUUUCGUGUUCAGCUUGAUGGGGAAGUGAGUGAGCUGUUUGCAGCAGACACAGGUGUGGAGACAGGUACACGUCGUUGUUUUUUCUCCUUUCUCCUAUGUUCAGCUCGACCUCUGUCUCUCAUUGCCCUGUGAAUCACAAGAGAGAAGGCAGGCAAAUGAUACAAGCAAAUGAUGCAUGAGUUGAACUCAUUGACUAAUACUGUAUAUAAAACUAACUUUCAGUCCAAUUAUUUGCACAGUAUAUUGUAUGUUGUUGAUAAAAUGUGAGCAAUCGGACGUACACUAUGAUCACAAAACGAAAUGAUUUCACAAAAUGGCUGGAUUUUCUUUUUUCUAAAUAAUGACCUGCAUUUGCUUCAGGGGCAGCUGUUUGUUUGUGUUUCAACUUUUGACCCUCGGGGGGCAGUUGUGUUUUAUUAUACUGGUGGUUUCUUUCACAUAUGUUCAACAAACAGAGGAACAAAUGAUUAUUGUGAAUCUCUAAGUUAGAAAUAUGCAAAUGCUGUGUUUGUCGUCUGUUUUGUUUAUUUUUUUACUUGGGAAUCAUAAAUGAUGUUUACAAAAAGAUUUCUGCUGUUUUCAGAAUGGAGCUUUCAGAGGGAAAUAAAGACCAUUUGUCGAUA